GCCCCCUCUCGGCCGCCAUGUUGGCUGGCGUGUGGGUGUCAAACGCUGCACGGGCUUGGGUCGCUCCCGCCUCUACAGCGUCUUCGGCAGCUGCAGCCUUGCACUCGCGCUGGCCAGGAACGGAGGGCAUGGCUGCCAGCUUCUGGGACCUGAGUCUUUGGAGGAGGAAAUGAAUGGAGGGCCUUUUUUGUUCCAUCUGCAUUUCUGACACAGAAACUUCCUAGGGUGCAGGCUUAGGGACAGGAAAGUUUCUCUUGAAGGGCUUCACAUUUGUUACAAAGAAGAUAAAAAUGACAACUUCAUCUAUCAGAAGGCAGAUGAAAAACAUUGUGAACAAUUACUCAGAGGCUGAAAUCAAAGUCCGGGAAGCCACCUCCAAUGACCCAUGGGGUCCAUCCAGCUCGCUGAUGACUGAGAUUGCUGACCUGACCUACAAUGUGGUAGCCUUCUCGGAGAUUAUGAGCAUGGUUUGGAAGCGGCUUAAUGACCAUGGCAAGAACUGGCGGCAUGUAUACAAGGCACUGACCCUGCUGGACUACCUUAUCAAGACAGGUUCUGAGCGGGUUGCACAGCAAUGCCGUGAGAACAUCUUUGCCAUACAGACUCUGAAGGACUUCCAGUACAUUGACCGUGAUGGCAAAGACCAGGGUAUUAACGUUCGAGAGAAGUCAAAGCAACUGGUUGCUCUCCUCAAGGAUGAGGAGCGGCUGAAGGUUGAGAGAGUUCAGGCUCUCAAAACCAAAGAGCGCAUGGCUCAGGUGGCCACUGGCGUGGGCAGCAACCAAAUAACCUUCGGCCGUGGCUCCAGCCAGCCUAACCUUUCUACCAGCUACUCGGAGCAGGAGUAUGGCAAGGCUGGGGGCUCGCCGGCAUCCUACCACGGCUCGCCAGAGGCCUCGCUGUGCCCCCAGCACCGCACAGGGGCCAUGCUGGGUCAGAGUGAGGAGCUGCAGCCACUGAGCCAGCGCCACCCCUGCCUGCCGCACCUGGGCCUAGCCUCCCACCCUAAUGGCGACUGGGCCCAGCCCUGCCUCACUUGUGACCGCGCAGCCCGAGCUACUUCCCCACGAGUGUCCUCCGAGUUGGAGCAGGCCCGGCCACAGACAAGCGGAGAAGAAGAGUUGCAACUGCAACUGGCACUUGCCAUGAGCAGAGAGGUUGCAGAACAGUCAUCAGAAAGCGUGCAGACAGCCAGAGGCAGCAAGGAAGAACGCCUCAGGCGGGGUGAUGACCUCAGAUUGCAGAUGGCUCUGGAAGAAAGCCGGAGAGACACAGUAAAAGUUCCAAAAAAGAAAGAGGUGAAAGCUUGCUGCAAGCCAGGCUCCCACUCACAGCAGACUACCUUGUUGGAUUUAAUGGAUGCCCUCCCCAGCUCGGGCCCUGUUAUGCAGAAAACUGAGCCCUGGAGUACAGGAGGAGCCUCUGCUAACCAGACCAACCCCUGGGGUGGAACAGUGGCUCCUGCGAACAUUACUGACCCCUGGCCAUCAUUUGGUACCAAGCCAGCUGCCUCUGUGGACCCCUGGGGAGUACCUACCACAGCCAGCACACAGUCUGUCCCCAAGAGCUCAGACCCUUGGACAGCCUCACAGCAGGCUGUCUCCAAUGCUGGAAAGACAACAGAUGCCUGGGGAGCUGCCAAGCCCAGUUCUGCCUCAGGGUCCUUUGAGCUCUUCAGUAAUUUCAACGGUACAGUAAAAGAUGAUUUUUCUGAAUUUGACAACCUUCGAACUUCAAAAAAAACAGCUGAGUCAGGGGCCUCAGUGCCACCCCAGGACAGCAGAACCACGAGCCCUGACCUCUUUGAAUCUCAGUCCUUGACUUCUGCCUCAAGCAAGCCUAGCAGUGCCCGGAAAACACCUGAGUCCUUCUUGGGCCCCAACGCAGCCCUGGUGAACUUGGACUCACUGGUGACUAAGCCUGCUCCAGCAGCUCAGUCCCUCAAUCCCUUCCUGGCACCAGGUACUGCUGCUCCAGCCCCUGUCAACCCCUUCCAGGUCAACCAGCCCCAGCCACUGACACUGAACCAGCUUCGGGGGAGCCCUGUCCUGGGAAGCAGUGCAUCCUUUGGGUCUGGUCCAGGGGUGGAGACUGUGGCUCCCAUGACCUCAGUAGCUCCACACUCAGCAUUGGGGGCCAGUGGCUCCUCACUGACACCCCUUGGCCCUUCAGCAAUGAACAUGGUAGGCAGUGUGGGCAUUCCCCCAUCAGCAGCUCAGUCAACGGGCACAACAAACCCUUUCCUUCUCUAGUGCCCAGGGGGACUUGCCUGAGUGAACACCCAGAGUGCCGAGCCCAAGGAUGUCAAGUGGGGACUCACUCUGGUUUGUGUAGUGGUUGAGAAUAUGGUGGUAGGGGUAUUAGAGCUUCAGGUUCAGCUUCCUUGUGAAAGGGUGGUUGUUACCAUCACACCUUCAGGCUGCAGUGUGGGUAGGGCGACCUCACCGUCCUAGUCGGGCCCUGGUGUCUCUUCCUAAGUGCUCAGCUCCACUGAGGUCCUGAAAGGAGGUGUUAUCAGUGUUGCUCAAGACAGGGAUGUUGUCUAGCCCAGAACUUGGGCAGUCACUUUGUGUAUGCCCCACCCCAGUUAUCUUCAGGGUGCGGACAAGGUGAAGCUCUGGCCCCACUUGACACUGACCAUUGGGAAGUGGUUGUGCAUAUUUUAUUUUCCUUUGACUCAAUGGGAGUCCAAGGUAAACACUAAUACCAGUGUGGAGCUUUAAGCUGACUGGAGCGUGACCCUGCCCUGUGGCUCUGUGCUUGUGCACGUUUGCACAUUUUGUUGAGUACAGUUUCAUAUUUGAGUUUGCAAAAUUAUCUAAUAGUCUUUUUUUGGCUAAUAUUUUUAUAACGUGGUUCUUAUUUAACUGUCUAGUUUUGAUAGAAUUGACCAAGUCUGGCUGAAUUAAGGUCUUGGCAUGUAUUAUUUUAGUGGUCUAAUUUCUCUUAUUUAUGGUUUUAACUGUAAGAAAACUUUAAAAGAAGAGAUAUUUGGAUGACAAAAAUAUGCCUUACGGAAAACUAAGCAAAUUCUUUAUAGGGGGAAAAACGGAAUUUGAUUACACAAAAAAUUUUAUUAAAACAAAACAAAAACUUCAACAAUAACAAAACCCACAGCCUCUAGUUGCCUUUUUCCUUUCUUCAGUUCUUUUGAUGAAUCACCAAAUCAGUUGACUCUUCAGCAUUUUUGCCUAGAUCUGAGAGACUUUUUGCUACUAGUAUAUUUACAACUUAAGGUUAAAAGGAAAAACAAUGCAUGAUUAUGACUUGCCAGUUUUUAUCAACUAAUCCCUUUUUUUGUACCUGGAAUGCAGGGAUUGCCAGGGACUUCCAUUUACUGCAGACCAGAGUGUGGCUGGCCGGCCCAUCAUCAUGUACAGGUUAAUGAGACUGUGUGAAAAUGGGGG